ACGCCCAUGCUGGCAAACACACCCGGAACUCACUCUCACUGCUGCCGUCGUCACUGAGGUCAGGUACACGGAGCGAAGAUGGCGACCGCCUACGAGAGAUACAAUUUGCACAUUACCCCAGAGAAGUUCUUCAUCGAGGCGUGCGAUGAGGGAGCUGAUGCUGUUCUGGCCAUCGACAGGGUCUCUAAUGAGAUGACUCUCACAGGUAAAAAAGACGUCCCUCUGUCGGCGGUCACCCGGCCCAUCUGUGGCAUCAUGGGAACCAUCCGUCUGGUGGCAGGUAUGUACCUGAUCGUCAUCACCCGGAAGAGGAACGUGGGCAGCCUGCUGGGUCACGCUGUGUGGAAGGCCGUGGACUUUGACGUGAUCUCUUAUAAGAAGACGGUGCUGCACCUCUCAGAGAUCCAGUCUCAGGAGAACAAGACGUUCCUGUCCAUGAUCAACAACGUGCUGACCACGGACGGAUUCUACUUCUGCACCGACUUCGACCUCACACACACUCUGCAGAGACUCGCCAACACCAGCCCCGACUUCCACGAGAUGAGUCUGCUGGAGCGGGCGGAUCAGAGAUUUGUGUGGAACGGAAACCUGCUGAGGGAGCUCGCUGCACAGCCAGAGCUCCACAGGUUUGCUCUCCCUGUCGUCCAUGGAUACAUCGUCAUGAAGCCGUGUCGUAUCAAUGGAAAGAUCUUUGAGUGGAUCCUGAUCUCGAGGAGGAGCUGCUUCAGGGCCGGAGUCAGAUACUACGUCAGAGGCAUUGACUCUGAAGGACACGCCGCCAACUUUGUGGAGACGGAGCAGAUCGUUUUGUACGAGGGAGCAAAGGCUUCGUUUGUGCAGACACGAGGCUCGAUGCCCUUCUACUGGAGUCAGAGACCCAACCUCAAAUACAAACCUAAACCUAUUAUCAGCAAAACCACCAAUCACCUGGAUGGUUUCCAGAGACAUUUCGACUCUCAGCUGCUCAUCUACGGGAAGCAAACCAUUCUGAACCUGGUGAAUCAGAAGGGCUCAGAGAAGCCGCUAGAACAGGCCUUUGCUAAGAUGGUGUCGGGUAUGAACAACGGUAUGCUCCACUACAUCGCCUUUGACUUCCACAAAGAGUGCAGUAAGAUGAGGUGGGACCGUCUGCAGAUCUUAGUGGACUCUGUCGCUGAGACGCAGGAUGAAUACAGUUACUUCAUGGUGAACCCCGAGGAGAAGACGGUGGCCCAGCAGAGAGGAGUGUUUCGCAGUAACUGCAUGGACUGCUUGGAUCGGACCAACGUGAUCCAGAGCCUGCUGGCCCGGCGCUCCCUGCAGUCCCAGCUUCAGAGGAUGGGCGUUCUGAAUGUGGGUCAGCGGAUCGAGGAGCAGGCCGAGUUUGAAAAGAUCUACAAGAACGCAUGGGCUGACAAUGCCAAUGCAUGUGCUGUGCAGUACGCCGGAACAGGAGCCCUGAAAACAGACUUCACCAGGACGGGGAAGAGAACCAGGUUGGGGCUGCUGAUGGACGGCUGGAACUCCAUGAUCAGAUACUACAAGAACAACUUCUCUGAUGGAUUCAGACAGGACGCCAUCGACUUGUUUUUGGGCAACUUCGCUGUGGACGAGUCCGACGGUCCGACUCCUCUUCGAGUGCAGAAGGACUGGAAGUUCCUCACGCUGCCCAUCAUCAUGCUGGUCGCCUUUUCUAUGUGCAUCGUCUGCCUUCUGAUGGCCGGCGACACGUGGACGGAGGCUCUGGCAUACGUGAUGUUUUGGGGAGCAGCGAGUGCGAUCACAGGAACCAUCAUCAUGUUCAACGGGCAGGACUUUGUGGACUCCCCCAAACUGGUUCACAAGGAGAAGAUGGACUGAGAGUGUGUGUGUGACUGUGUGUGUGUGUGUGUGUGUGUGUGUGUGUGUGUGUGUGUGUGUGUGAGGAUUAUAUACCUCUUCAUCGUCUUCUUCCUCCUCAGAUGUGGACUCUCUGGAUCUCUCAGACUCUGUGGUGUAUCUACAGGAUCCUCUGGUGUUCUGCACUCACUCCUAAACUUUACUGAACACGUCCUUCAUUUCUCUCGUACCGUCUCUUCUGGGUUUGUUGGGGAUCUCUGACGGAACUUAGGUCAACACUACUGUACCGUUAACCAUUCUUAAUGUUUAAAAUCUGUAAAGAAGAAAUGUUAGAAAAGGCACCUUUUCGUUUGUUCUUCAUCCAACACCUCUAGAUUAAAGUCCUGCUCUCUGAUUGAACGAAAACUUGUCAACACUAAUUUUCAGAACCAAUCUUUUUUAAUAAAUACAGUCUCUGUUCUUUAAAUCAUCAAUGGUAUCAAAACUUCAGAUUUUCAGUCAUUUUUAACUGUGGUUCAUUGUUAGGUUAAUAAACCUUGUGGAGUCCUGGUUUGAGUCAAACGACUCCUCCGCUAAAGACAACAAGUGACCAGCAGAGGUGUGCAGCGUGACUUUGGGACACUUGGUCGGGGGCUGUGGGUUCAAACUUUGUAACAUUAAACAUGAUCGCAGGCUGCGAGCUCAACUAGCAUACUGUUAGCUUGUUAGAGGAAUGUAAACUCCACACGUGGUUAAACAAGAUUGGACUAGAAGGAGCGACACAGCUGUGCAGACACUGCACGUUGUGAACUCGAUAAAAAUCAUCACACAGGAAGCAGUUUAAACCUCCCAAAGAACAGACUGCGUUUUAUCUAGCAGUGCACUUUUAUGGUCAUUAAUAACAAUAAGUUACACGACAUAGGGUGUGUAGGACUUCUGUUUGUGUUGCCGUGGUGUUGAAAACGUUUGAUUUUUACUUGUAUUAUAUCAAAGAUUACAAAACUCUCGUACCCUGACACUCCUUAACUCUGCAUAUUUACUAAAAGUGUCCUGACUCCACUGAGUGAGAGAGAGACGACGAUAAACAACCAAACUGAAACUGUGCGGGGCUGAAAUACGGCUGCUAAGGUUGUUUUGUGACGUUUCUUUUGACGCCAACACAAAGCGAGAAAGGGGGGGGGUGGUUUUGUGUCCUCGCCUCAUGUAACACACUCGGCCAUUUCAUUCAUCAUUAGUAUGAACAUUAGGAUCAUUGUGAAGCUUUAAGGAUGUUUCCUGUCACCGUGUUCGUCUCAGACGGAGGAUGAAUUCAUGUCGGUGAACCCCGAACUGUCACACUAACACAUUCCUGAUGGAUGUCUUGCAGCGUGCACGUCCAUGAUAUGUUUCUAAUGUAACCGCCUUACAGAUGCAUCAAUAUUUGUCCGUCUGUCUGUGUGUACCUGGAGUGAAAUACAUGUCGUCCUUUCCGGCUCAUUUUAUCCAUGUGUGUCUCAUUUUGCACUUUGGACGCCAUCGAGUGAUCUCGUCGUUGUUUCAUUUUUUAUUUCAUGCGUUUCGCUGGUUAAACAAACAGAAAAAACGAGCAGGUGACUCGUGACUUUAACGGAGCGUGAGGGGACGACUUACCAACUUCACUGAUUUCCAACGUGUGUUAAUUACAGAAAUCUUUGUUAAAUGAGAUCAAAUGUCCGAUUCAAGCGUUAAGAAUCUGAACUUUGAACCUGUUUGUAAAUCUGUUUUCACGCUAACAGAUGUUUUGAGUUCCACGCUCUGAUUUUUCUGUUUUUUGUUUACAUGUGCAGAUUCCCGUUACUGUCACACAUUAGAAGAACGAUGAAGCUUUAAAUAUGUCGACAUAAAGCUCUAGACGACGUGUUUGUGGUGUUGAUUGAGACGUCUGUGGUGCAUUAUGUACACGUCUCUUUUGUUUCUCCUCCGAAGCCUUCAGAUUCAGACCUCAUCCUGACACUUCUGUAAUUAUCAAUAAACUCCAGUGAACACACACUGAUUGCAAAUAUA